AUGGGCGUUAAAACUUCCCCGGCUGAAACCCGAGGGCGUUCUCUGACACACACACUUGCUUCCUUGCAGGACGUGGCACAGAAAGCAAUGCCAGGCACCUCCCUGGAGGAGAUUCAUCCCACCUACAUCUACAAGGUGGUUCUACUGGGGAGCACAUCAGUGGGAAAGUCAAGCCUGGCCUAUCGAUAUGUGAAGAAUGACUUCAAGGAGUCACUGCCAACUGUGGGAUGCUCCUUCUUCACACAGAAGCUUGACCUGGAGACAGCCACUGUCAAGUUUGAGAUCUGGGACACAGCAGGCCAGGAGAAGUACCAGAGUGUCUGCCACCUCUACUACCGGGGUGCCCACGCUGCUCUCCUCAUCUAUGACAUCGCUAACAAGGAAACACUCAACAGAGCAAAGCUGUGGCUGAGGGAGCUGGAGAAGGAAUUCCUUCCUGACGAAAUUGUCAUUGCUUUGGUGGGCAACAAGACUGACCUUGCUGCUGAGCGAGAAGUCACCACUGAGGAGGGGGAAGAGUUUGCAAGGACCAAAGGCCUGUUGUUCAUGGAGACAUCUGCAAAAUCCAACCACCAAGUGAAUGAGAUCUUCAUGGCUGUAGCCUUAGAGCUCUUGAAACUGGAACAGAAGAAGGCAUCCACUCUAUCCAGGAAGUCAACAGUUGACCUGGGAGAGAGUGGGAUAAGGACAAGGUGCUGCCAGCUUUGA